AUGGCAUUGCCUGGUCAGACAAUGCAGGGCUACUGGGGGAACGGUCACGACUUGUCGCUGGACUCCACUUCGGCUGUGUCUCCGUCGCACGCUCUUCAUCUUUCACCCGGUGGCAGCAUAAAUGGGAGUUUCAAUGGCAGCACCCCGCCGGGUCAAACUCCCCCUUCAGCGUCGGAAAAUGGCAGGAAGGACUCCCAGCACAGCAUCAAGAGUGCCCAGAAAGAGGCUAACAACCAAGCGAGAGCCUCCGUUGCGGUCGCGACCGACAAUGUCGAAUGUACCUACAUCAAGUCUCGGCGCGGCUGGAAAGGGAAGAGGAAGAACAAGGAAGAUAAUGGCGGGCCCGUGACCCUCAAUGGCAUCUCCGGACCAGAAGUGGCAAUCAGUAAUGGUCACUUGUCGUCGCCCGAGUUCUCACAUAAUGGCGAGGCGUCCAUCGCGAAUCAUCUGAGCAGUCCGCCCAAUGGGUUCGUCGGUCAGCAAGCUGCUCCUCCAGCCGCGCAACUCAACCUCAAUGGGACUGCGAGGUUGAACAGGUUCGGCCAUCUCGGUCCUGAGACUGCUGUACAGUCAUUCUAUCACUUCUUUUACAACUCACAUCCCUUUUGUCUUCCGGAGCCCCGGUUACUGGCACUCUUCAAGGACCGACAAGCACCCCUCCUCGAAUAUGCGGUUCAGUUCAUUGGGGCGAGCUUUCUUCCCUCCAUGCCGACGGACAUGUACAAGGAUGCACUGAAUCGACAUAUUAACAGUGGCAACUACCCGCGAGAUGCCUUUUCAGUGCAGGCUUUGAUGCUUUUUGCCAUCGGCCUGCACGCACACAACGAGGUUCCACGUGCAGCUCAAGUCUUCAUAGCCGCCCAGGCAUUGACUCUCGAGAUUGGGCUCCACCGCAUGGAGUUCGCUUUGAUGAAUGGAGGCAGUGACCCACAGCUCGAAGAGUGCUGGCGACGAACCUGGUGGUCCAUGUACACCGUCAACGGCAUGAUGACGGCCGUCAACCCAGGCGUGCAAUUCAAAUUAAAAGACGUCGUUACAGACGUUCCAUUGCCAUGUGAGAAUGAGCAGUACUUCUCGGGUCAAAUUCCCUACCCAAGCACCCUUGAGGACUACGACGACUCAGCCUUCCUCCCCACGCUCCCCAUCUUCUCCUCCUUCACCUACCUCAUCGACGCCGUGCGCAUCCUCGGCAAAGUCUUCGAAUGCGCCCGCCUUGACUCCACCUUCGAAUACCACGCCGUGGACGUCGUCGACCAGUACCUGUGCAACUGGCGCCUGCACCUGCCCGCGUCCAAACUCGACGUCGUCUCCUCCUCCGGCCACGUCGACGAGGUGCUCUUCCAAGCACACAUGGUCAAUGCGGGAAGCACGAUUAUGCUGCACCGUCCGCGCAGCAACCUUGGUUUCGGUCGCGUCGAGGGCGUGAACAUCUGUGUGCAGCCUGGGCAGGUGCUGCUGCCUACUCAAACGCGAGAAAUCCACACGGCGAAAUGUCUGACCAGCGCGGAGAAUAUUUCCUCCUUGAUACGUCUGCCCGGCCAGUUAGUCUACCACACACCCUUCUUCACAUGUGUGGUGGUCAUGGCGUCGGUCGUGCACUUGUCGUACUGGUCCUUCCUGGUGCCCGACGGCCAGGACGACAUCAUCAAGCAAUCCAUCCGCCUCGACGUCGGGACGCUGCAGCAAUACUCCAACACAUGGCCGAUUGCCAACGUCGUGCUGGGCCAAGUCAGGGGCGUGGCGCACACGCUGUUCAACAGCAAGAAGGCGAUGAGCAUCCAUUUGUGGAGCAACAUCGAGCAGCACGAUGUUAUCCGCAAUGUCAUUGAGGAGGGUGGGAAUGUCCCGCCGCAGAACUACGCGCAGUUGAUUGCUCCGUAA